AUGUCGCUUGACACGGAGCUCAUCCUCGGUGCCAUCGGCAAGCUAUUCGACGACUUAAACGCUCGUUGGGAGCGCCGUCUUCCCAAGUUCUUGCCUGCACAGGAGGCCUCUCACGUCAUCUCCGUUCUGACCCCGACUACGACUGUUGGGGCCGCAAUCAUCGCCGACAACUGGGGCGGCGGCUUCAACGGAGGCGAGUACUCAUUCGAGCAGCACUGCGUGGUGCCAUCCAUCGUCGCCGACAACUGGGGCAGGCUCUUCGAUCGGCUCGGAGCAGUGCCUCGGCGUCCACGAUCCACUGCUAUGGAUUCAGAGUCCGUGUACCAGAACUGCAAGGAGUUGGAGUCAGAGUUCCUCACCUCCCUUGUCGCCCAUGCUCCCUCGCCCGAGGAGGCAAUGGUUGCGAUGGGCGCAGCCGCAGACGCGGGGGGCUUCGCGAGGUUCGACCCGCCCUCACCACUUGACCCCUACGACGACAUCGCUACCACCCAGGCCCUCUUCCCCGAGUUCAACGCCGUCCCUGCGGACGCGCUUGCUCGCCACGAGGACGACCGUGCUACCAUAUCCAACAACUCCUUCAGCAGAUCAGCGACAACCUCCUCAGCCUCGCCCAUGACUUCCCUGACCUCCACUCCACCUCAGGAUGGUGUUCCCGUCCUCUCCAUCUUCACCGUCGUUGUGGAUCCUGAGCACAACGUCACGCCGGACACGGAUGUGAGCUCUGGCAAGCCACUGAUGUCUUCUUCUUCAGCAUCAGCCACCGUCGCCACCAGCAAGCUGGCGUCACCCUUGAUUUGGACAGGCAUCACCCUUGAUUUGGACUGGAGUCACCCUUCCUCAAUGGCUCCCACGCCAUCACAGAAGGCUAUCCUCACCCUUGAUUUGGACAGGCGGCACAGUAUGCAGAAGGGCGCUUGCAACCUAUUCGAUGAAAUGCCCACGAGCGCCUGGAGGAUCCUCAACCCUGCGUUCCACCUCGAGAAGCUCAAGCUCAUGCUGCCGGUGUUUUCUACGUGUUGCGAAGAGCUUGUCAGCCGAUGGGCACAAGCACUUGGUCCUGACGGCUCGUGCGAGCGGGACGUGGACCCGGAGCUUCAGACACUCACCGGAGAUGUCAUCUCUCACACUGCGUUCGACAGCAGCUACCUCGAAGGAAGAAAGAUUUUACAUCUGCAGGUCGAGCAAGUUGAGCGCCUCAUGUCCAUCAUUGACAAGUUCACCGGGAUACAUGUCCUUGCCUACUAGAAACAACAGAAGGAUGUGUCAAAUCAAAACCGAGAUUGUGUCAAAUCUUCAUGUCUGAUUGGUAAAAGGAUGCAAGCUAUGAAAGAAGGUGAAAGUGACAAAGACGACCUGCUGGGCUUACUGUUGGAGUCAAAUGUGAGAGAGACCAAAGAGAACGGCAGCCUGCCCAGCCAAGGAAUGACCAUUGAAGACGUCAUGAACCCUGACGGCGUGAAUGUGCAGCUGCUAGUGAUGAUAUUCUCCAUGAAGGAUUGUAGAACUUUGAUAAUGGUGCAGCUGAAAUGGGAUCGAGAUGCCUACUCAUCAAGAUAUAUUAGUGAAGAUGGUGGUACCUACAAUAUGAACCCUAAGAUAUCAGAUUUUGGUAUCGCAAGAGGGAACCAAUAGGAAGCAAACACUAACCGAGUUGUUGGGACGUAUGGCUACAUGUUUCCUGAAUAUGCAAUCAAUGGACCUUUUUCAGUCAUGUAUGAUACAUACGGCCUUGGUGUUAUUGUGUUGGAGAUCAUAUGUGGUCUGCAAAUCACUUUGACUCACUCCACAAGUUUCCCUGGCCUAUUAGCUUAUACAUGGAGCCUAUGGAAUGGUGGCAGGGCAAUGGAUUUGGUGGACUCAUCCCUACUAGAAAGUUGCUCGGCAAGUGAAGCUCUGAGGUGUAUACACUUAGGACUCUUGUGUGUACAAGACAGUCCAAACAGUAGACCAUCCUUGUCAUUAGAGAUUUUGCUGGAGACUGGUACGAGUCGUCCUAGUUCUUGGCCAAAUUUUGUUUUGGGUGGUAUGCGUUCUGCAAUUGGUCACUAAAACCUCCAUGGCCACCUCUACGUCCACGACAAGAAUUUAUCUUCCUCCUUGUUAUUUGGUUGCUGCAAGCAGUCAGUUGUCUGCCAGUUUGUAUGAGGUGAUCCAACAAAUUGUUUCAGUACUCCUGCUAUCACAGUGAAGGGCCACAAUUCCUCUGCAAUGGUCAUCUUGCUGUUGAUUUGAGGUUGUCGAAAAGUACAAGAUAUUGGUACGCAUGGGUUCGGAUCAAAGGGCUCCAAUUCUAUGGCCAAGCCAGUGGAAUAUUCACCAUGUUUGCUAUGGUUCUAUGCACACUUGAGGAAGCUUAUUCACCAUUCAUAGUCAGCACUAUCAACGGCUUUGGGGCAAGCCGCAUUUCAAGC